UUAACUUAAACCUCACUUUGAGCUUAUGGAACUAGCUAGAGGUUAACUGAUACGUCAAAUGUUACGUUCCAACACCAUGAAAUGCAUCGUCGUAAAAACACUGGAGGGGAUAAAGUUGGGCUACAUGCGGACGUGACUGCUGCUGUGUACAACCAGCUAGAGUGUCAGUAUGGCAGAGGGAUUUUUAAUGGAAGUGUGUGUGGACUCCGUGGAGUCUGCAGUUAAUGCUGAGCGAGGAGGUGCAGGUCGACUUGAGCUGUGUUCCAGCCUCCUGGAGGGGGGGCUCACUCCCAGUCUAGGUCUGCUGCAGGUAGUGAAGCAGUACGUGAAAAUACCAGUCUAUGUUAUGAUUCGGCCACGUGGAGGAGACUUCCUGUAUUCAGACCAGGAGGUGGAGGUGAUGAAGAAGGACAUAGAGUUGAUGAAGAUCCACGGAGCCAGUGGGCUCGUGUUGGGAGCCCUGACAGAGGAUGGACGAGUGGAUGCAGAACUCUGCAUGGAGUUACUGGCUGCUGCUCGCCCCUUACCUGUCACAUUCCACAGAGCAUUUGACAUGGUUCACGAUCCAAUGAUUGCACUUGAGACUCUGGUGUCAUUAGGCUUCCAGCGGGUGUUGACAAGUGGCUGUGACAGCUCAGCGUUGGAAGGAUUACCUCUCAUCAAGCGGCUAAUCGAUCAAGCUAAAGGUAGAAUCAGCAUCAUGCCAGGAGGAGGAAUAACAGAGAGGAACCUGCAGAGAAUUUUGGAGGGUUCAGGGGCUCAGGAGUUCCACUGUUCUGGUCGUUCCAGCAAAGAUUCUGCCAUGAAGUUCAGGAACACCUGUGUGACGAUGGGAGCUUCUUUCUCAGCACCUGAAUAUGGCCUGAAGGUGGCAGAUGUGAGCAAAAUCCGCACUCUAAAUGCAAUUGCCAAAAAUACCCUGUGAAUUUUUUUUUUUUUUUUUCUGUUGAGAAUCAUGUCAGACAUCAAACCAGAUACCUCAGAAGUAAUAAUAACUGAUUAUACUAAUGUGUGGGUUUUUUUUAAUCAAAGCCC